AUGGAGCCGUCUCUGCCUCUGCCUCCAUAUUCUUUAAAAACCUCAAAGCCAAAAAGCCGGGUCCUAAUCAUUUUCUUUUCUAUGGUAUUAUUCACAGCCCUGCUGGGUCUCCUGCAGCUUAAGUUCUUAAAGCCCAAAGUCAGAGACUUUUAUUCCUUUGAAGUGAAGGAUGCGAAAGGGAGGUCGGUUUCUUUGGAGAAGUACAGAGGCAAAGCAUCUCUGGUUGUAAACGUGGCUAGUCACUGCCAGCACACAGACAAAAAUUACAUCAUGCUGCAGGAUCUGCACAGAGAGUUUGGACCAUCCCACUUCACAGUCCUGGCCUUCCCCUGCAAUCAGUUUGGAGAAGCAGAGCCAGGCACAAGCCAGGCGAUCAGUUAUUUUGCAAAAACAAAUUAUGGAGUGACUUUCCCCAUUUUCAGCAAAAUUAAGAUUCUGGGAUCGGAAGCAUCGCCAGCUUUUAAAUUUCUAGUAGAUUCAACCAAAAAAGAGCCUAGAUGGAAUUUCUGGAAGUACCUCAUUAGCCCAGAAGGUAAAGUUAUAAAAUUCUGGAAGCCUGAAGAGCCCAUAGAAAACAUCAAGCCAGAUAUAGCUGCUCUUGUUAGGGAGAUCAUUGUGAAACGGAGGGAAGACCUUUGAAGAAGCUGCUGCAGCUUGUGAACUCUGGGAAGGAAUAUCUCUGAAGCUCCAAAGUACAUUCCUGUUCCAUUAUGGGAUAAAAUAGCCUGAUGGUGAGUUUUGUGAUGAUAAUCCACAGAACACUCUAUUUCGGACCAGCUAUUAAAGGUGCAGAGUGCAGGAGAAGCAAAGAGGAGCACGAGCGCACUGAAGCACUUUACCCAACUGAGGCCUGGAUCUCUUCCGUUAAACGUGCAAUUGGCUAAUGAGCAGAUGCUGUGAGUGUGUAUUUUAAAAUUAUAUAAGGGCAUGCAAUUGAACUCUUUUGGAUUAUAAUGCCAAAUCUGCCAGCUAGCCACGAUAGCUAGGGGAUUCUAGGAAUUGUAGUCCAUAAAAAUUACUUUU